UUAAGAUUCAGAAAAUAGCCCAUUUUGGGCCCUCUAGCAGUUCUUCCUUCCGUUCCUUCCCUCUAUCUAUCCUCCGCCUCGUCCUCGCCACGCGCGAAGGCGGCGUCGAUCGGUUCCCCCAUUUUUCUCAUCGAUCCCUCGUGGCCUCCUCCCCGCCGCCGCGCCACCUCGUCUCGAAGAUUUCUUUGAUGCGUGGUGGCAGUGGCGUUUGGAUCUUGGUGCCGCCAUGAGUCCGCCGGGGAGGAAGGCCCCGGCCGGUGCGGGCGGGAUCCGUCGGUGGCUCUCCACCGUCGUCGUGUCGGUGGUGGCUCUUGUGCUAACCCUAGUAGUGAUAUCGCUAUCGGUGGGCUCGUCUCUGACCGGGGCAUCGCUACACGAGUACCUCUUUGUCAGACCUAGUGAUUCAUCCAAGCUUACUGAUGGGAACAUGAAUGGUACUGCCGUUGGUGUUCCAUUACAAGAGGAAGUGUUGCAGGGUGGCAAGGAAGUACCCGUGGAGCACGGUGUUCAGAGUGGCGGCGUGAAUUCGAGCGAGACGGGUGAAAUCGAUACCAAAGUACAAGAUCCAGUUGUUACCGAUGAUACCGCGUCAGUGCCUGAUGAGAGAAAUCUCCCUGUCUCAUCGGAUUCAUCCGACAAUCUUCAGAAGACUAAUGAAGGUAGCUGUGAUCUAUACCAUGGACAUUGGGUUUUUGAUUCUUCUGGACCACUAUACACAAACAACUCUUGCCCGAUCAUCACGCAGAUGCAGAAUUGUCAAGGAAAUGGUCGACCUGAUAAGGAUUAUGAAAAUUAUAGAUGGAAACCAGAACAGUGCAUCCUACCACGCUUUGAUGGACCAAAGUUCCUGGAGUUGAUGAGAGGCAAGACAAUUGCAUUUGUUGGUGAUUCAGUUGCCAGAAAUCAGAUGGAAUCCCUCCUCUGCAUUCUGUGGCAGGUAGAGGCCCCAGUAAACCGUGGUAGCCGCAGGAUGAGCAAGUGGAUUUUUAGGUCAACCUCAACAAUUAUCGUCCGCAUCUGGUCGUCUUGGUUAGUGCACAGGUCAACUGAAGCUGUGGGGUUUGCUCCUAAGGGUAUCGAUAAGGUUUUCCUGGAUAUCCCGGAUGAGACCUUUAUGGAAUUUAUCCCACGUUUUGAUGUGCUUGUCCUCUCCUCUGGGCACUGGUUUGCCAAACGGUCUGCUUAUAUCCUGAAUGGCAAUGUUGUUGGAGGGCAGCUCUGGUGGCCUCGUAAAGCUGGAAAUAUGCAGAUCAACAAUGUUGAUGCUUUUGGUAUAUCUGUUGAGACAUGCCUAACUGCUCUAGCUACCAAUCCAAAUUUCACAGGUAUAGCUAUCGUGCGCACAUAUUCACCAGAUCAUUAUGAAGGUGGGGCUUGGAAUACCGGUGGAUCAUGCACUGGAAAGACUAAGCCCUUGGAUGUGGUGGUGAGGAAUGGAUUCACGGACACCAUGUAUGGAAAGCAGGUUUCAGGGUUCACAAAAGCAGUGCAGAAUUCUGGGAAACAUGGUUCCAGGUUGAAAUUGAUGGACAUCACUGAGCCCUUUGCCCUGAGGCCUGAUGGGCAUCCUGGUCCAUAUAGAAGUACUGACCCAAACAAGAAGACGCAAAGAGGUCCAGAUGGAAGGCCUCCACCUCAGGAUUGCCUACAUUGGUGCAUGCCAGGACCUGUAGAUACAUGGAAUGAGAUGUUGCUAGAGACCAUACGAAGAGAGUUCGAGGGAGUGAGAAGCUGAAGAAAAACACUCAUUGGCUGCUUGAUUUCUAUCAUGUGAUACGACCUGCAAAAACUAAUUAAGCUUCUAGCAUUGGUGUAUACCUCAUUACAUAUCGUGUUGUUGUUCUCCCACAGAUAGGAAGGAAAUAUAGCUUUUGGUUGGACAAAAAAACAAAUUGUAGGCAUGUUGUCAACAGUCGGGAUAGAAGUACAGAGGGGUAGACAGUUAGAGAGAGAGGUUAUGAUGGAUGAUACUGUGCAAUUGAUCUGUAUCUAGUUUUUUGUCUGACACAUUCUUGGAGAUAUGAUCCGUUGACGAAUUUUGUGGAACUACAUAUGAUCUCAUAUCUCGAGCACCUGUCAAUCUAUGAGGCAGAUGCUGAUUUUGGUUUAUAACAGAUGAAAGAGAACUUGUUCA